UCCUUAAGAGGAAGCAUAGUCUUUAGGUUCUUAGAGGGAAGGCUUGGUAACUCAAAAGCCACUGACAGUGGGCGGAAGACCUGGCGUUUAAUCCUCUGGCUAAAUGACUGGGUAACCUUGGACCAGUUACCUACCCUCGGCAUCUCACUCUGUACUAUGGACUUAAUAAUUACACGUUAUUUGUGCGGAUGCUACAAGAACAAGUAGGAUGGCUGGUUUGGUUUUGUGUGAACCAAUAGAGCUUUACAACAUCUUGAAUCAGGUCACAAAACUGUCGCGAUUGACUGAACCCAACUAUCUCUGCCUAUUGGAUGUGCGUUCCAAAUGGGAGUAUGAUGAAAGCCAUGUGAUCACAGCCCGUCGAGUGAAGAAGAAGGCAAACAAGUAUCUUCUCCCGGAGUCUGUGGAUCUGGAGUGCGUGAGGUACUGCGUGGUGUAUGAUAACAACACCAGCACCCUGGAGAUCGUCAUAAAACAGGAGGAGGAAGAUGACAACAAUGACGAUAGACCAGGACUGAUGCCUGGAGCUGCCGUUGAGUGUGGCAGAGCCCUGGCCCACCUCACCCGCCACCCAGUCUGCAUCCUGAAGGGAGGCUAUCAGAGCUUCUCGGCCAUGUACCACUUCUUCCGGACGCAGAAGAUCAUCUGGAUGCCGCAGGAACUAGAUGCAUUUCAGCCCUAUCCUGUUGAAAUAGUUCCAGGUAAGAUCUACCUGGGCAAUUUCAGGCAAGCCUGCGACCCGAAAAUUCAGAAGGACUUGAAAAUCAAAGCACAUGUCAACGUCUCCAUGGAGGCAGGGCCAUUUUUUGUAGAUGAUGCUGACAACCUCCUGCAUAUCAAGAUAGAAGAUUCCCCGGAAGCUGACCUUUCCCCCUUUUUAAGGCACCUCUGCCACUUUCUCGAAAUUCACCUCCACCUUGGCUCUGUAGUCCUGGUCUUCUCCACCCUGGGCAUCAGUCGCAGCUGUGCAGCCAUCUUGGCCUUCCUCAUGCACUGGAACGAGCAGACCUUGAAGGUAUGCAGCCCCCAGAAGUCCUGGGCCUAUGUCAAGAAGUGCAAAAACAAUAUGCGUCCGAACCGGGGCUUGGUGGCUCAGCUGUUGGAGUGGGAGAAGGUUGUCCUCGGAGACUCUGUCACAGACAUCUUGGAUCCACGCUACUGAUCUUCUCUAUGGCCCAGCUAUGGGUCCUGAAGCACCUUGUCUGGGGGCUUCUUGUGGGUCCUGCGCCAGGCUGUGUAACCAGGCUGGUGUGGAAAGAGAAGGCCUUUGCUGCCUGGAGUCUUGUGUCA